AUGUAUGAGGGAGCGAGGACGCAAGUAAGAACCAGUGUCGGGCUGCCGGAGAAGUUCACAGUAGCAGUUGGACUUCACCAAGGCUCUUCUCUAAGCCCAUACAUCUUCGACAUGAUAAUGGAUGUGCAGUGCCAAGGGAUCAUCGAACCGGCACUUUGGGACAUGUUAUUUGCAGAUGACAUAGUCCUCAUAGAUACCACCAGGGAGGGAGAAGAGCAGAAAUUGAAGAGAUGUAGGAGAGCGAUGGAGGACAGAGGACUUAAGGUCAGUAGAGAGAAGACGGAGUAUAUGGUUUUUAAUGGAGAAGAGGAAAUGGGGGAUGUUACUUUACUUAACGAUAAACUUAAAAGGGUAAACACCUUUGAGUAUCUUGGGUUCUAUGUGGCAUCAAACGGUACACUUGACUCUGAAAUAAACCAUAGAAUCCAGUCAGGAUGGAGAAAUUGGAAAAAUUGGAAAAAUGCGUUGGAAGUGCUAUGCGACAAUAAGAUCAGCGCAAGGGUGAAAGGAAAGGUCUAUAAAACCGUUGUGAGACCUGCGAUGAUGUACGGAGCGGAAGCCUGGCCCAUCAAAAAGGCUCAAGAGAAGAAAUUAGAGAUAGCUGAGAUGAAAAUGUUGAGAUGGAUGUGUGGAGUGACGAGGCUUGAUAGGACUAGAAACGAGAGGAUUCGAGGAACAACUAAAGUGGUGGAAAUAUCGAAGAAAGUUCAGGAGAGAAGAUUGCAGUGGUAUGGGCACCCAAGAAGGUUUUGGAUAUGGAUGUGGAGGGGAGAAGGAAGAGAGGAAGACCAAAGAGAAGAUGGAAGGAUUGCGUGGAUGGAGAUAUUAGAGAGAAAGGCCUUGGUGGGGACGAAUACGAAGACCGAAUAG